AUCAAUAUUAUGCAAACGACAUAUACUGGUAUUUAGGCCACGCAGCCAUGCUUAGAAGGCGCUGGCAAGCCCAUCGAGGGCAGGGCGAAGCGGAGGACGACGUUUCUCUGCUGAAGCCCGUCAAGCAGCGCCCGCGUCCUAGCCUUAGAGUCCUCGUCGCGACGCUGAUAACUGCGGUCUGGAGCUCCAUUUUCCCACCUGUGGAUGUGGCCAGCAGCGCGUACUCAGAGUACCUGACCGACCGCGUCAAAGGCUUAACGAUUGGAUGGCACUUGUUCCGCACGGUCACCGAGGGCGCCUUCUUGGCGAGUUACGGACUUGCGUUCAACACCAUCGUGGUCCAGAUCUUCUGGACUAUCAGCGUCAGCAGCGUUGUGCUGCACUUCGCAAAGCACAAGCUGUGGCUGGAGAUGCGCGAGUGGAUAUGUGUCAACACAAAUCGCGUAUACGGCCUGAUAACCGUCCUCAAAAUCGUCCAGUUGGUCCCGCGGCUUCCCAACGAGAACAACUACAUGUUCAAGCACUGCUUCCUCACCAUGGCGGACGCGGCGUUCGCCCAGACGCCCGUGCACCGGCAGUACCUGGUGCAGUUCGCGGAGGCCUGCAUCCGCUGCAUCGUGUGGCGGCGCUACCACGUGCUGCCCAACAUGCCCACGUGGGCCGUCAUGGCCAUCAGCAUCGCCUGGCAGGUGUGGCUGGUCACUUUCGCCGCCAUUCUGCAGGCCCGCCACGUAAGCGCUUUCCGCCGCCAACGCCGCGCCACCGCGGCGGCGGCGGGGCCGUCGACGUCCGCGCCAUCGAGCACGGCGGCAGUGUAUAGCCUCACGGCUGAGGCUGCCGAGGCGCCAAGUGGCCCUGUGGGCGAGCUGGAGGAGGUCAAGGCGGCGACCGCGGACGCUGCGGCAGCUUUUGCCUCUGCGACCUCCAUCUCUUCGAGCACCGCUACCAGCGCCGCCGGCAGUGUCAUCACCAGCAGCGGCAGCGCCGCCGCAUCGCGCGCCGCCGCCGGCAGCCGCCGCAGCGUUGGCAGCCGCCUGGGUCCCAGCGGUAGCAGCGCUGCCGCGUCGGCCGCCGCUGCCGGCUCUGCGGGUGCCGCCGAGGGACAGCAGCAGCAGCAGCUGCAGCAGCUGGUGCCGCCGCCGUCGGCCGCGCAGCAGCGCUACAUGCGCGCGCUGCGUUCUGUGGCGCGCGGCCCGUCCAGCUAUGUGCUGCUGUCGCACCAGCGCCGCCAGGCCGGCGCCGACCCCUGCACCACCGCCCAGUUCUACAUCCCCGCCGCCUCGCCCGAGCAGCUGCCCGGCAACUGGCGCGACCGACUGGCCGCGGCGGUGGCUGAGAACGCUCCCGGCUGGCAGCUGGCCUCCGCCUGCGUGCGCACCGGCUCCCUCAUCGUACACCUGGACCUGGUCUACGUGCCGCCCGCGCCCGCGCUCGGACAGCAGCCGGCCGCCGCGGCCGCUGGCGCUGCCGCAGCCAAGCGCGCCGCCGCAGCCGGCGAUGCGGCUGCGACCGCGGUUCUGUCGCCCUUCACGGCCGUGUCAGCGGCCUACACGGCCUCGCCGUUCGUGGCGGCGAAGCAGCCGAACUGCUCGUCGGCCGUCAACAGCGGCUCCAUCGGCGAGUCGAGUUCGCCGCGUGACGUGCUCGACGGCUACCUGUCGGGCAUGUCGGCUGAGGGCCUGAUGGAGCUCCUGGGUCUGGCCCCCGAGGAGCCCGGCCCACAGCAGCAGCCGGCCGCCGGCACCGACGCCCGACCCAUCUCGCUCCAGGUCGGCGACUCCAUGUGCUACCUGGCGUCCUCCGUCACAAACUCUAGCGCCACCGGCACCAGCGCCGCGACCUCGGACGCCGGAUGCAGCAGCAGCAGCAGCAACAGCGGCAGCAGCGGCAGCGCCACUGCCGCCGUCGCGGCCUCUGCCGAGGCCGGGCUCAAAUGCGCCCCGGAUGCCAAGGCCGAGCCGCAGGCAGCACAGCAGGCGCAGCCGGCGUCGGCAGCGCAGCCGCAGCGCCGGCCACCGCAUUCGUACCUGUAUGAGGCGGUGCGGACAGCGCUGUCGCCGCCGGCGGAGCUCCGCUCUCGCGAGUACGCGGCGUUCCUGUCGGCGCGUGUGGGCCCGCUGCACCUGGCCUAUGCCUCAUUCAUGUGCCUCACCGGCGCCGCCUUCUGUGUUCUGCGCGCCGCCGACGGCGUGCGGCUGUUCACGCUGGUUCUGUUCCUGGGUGGGGAGGUGCUGACGCUGGCGGCACACGCCAUCCGCGGCGGCCGCGCCUGGCGCACUGCCCGCUGCUCGCUGGUGUAUGCGGGCGUGGCGAUGCGCAGUGCGCAGAUGCUGGCAUGCAGCGUGGGCUUCCUGCCGCACAUGCUGCGGGACACGGACUGUGUGACGGGCCGCUGGAUCCAGAAGGUCCUGCUGGUCACCACACUGCAGGCGCUGUGUAUGCAGCCGCCUGUGCGCGGGUUCUUCGCGGUGCGGCUGCCUAGUGUGCUCAUGGCGAUGCACGUGAAUGUGGCGGUGUGCCAGGCCGGCCUGGGCGCCGGCGCCGCGCUGCACCUGGGACUCGAGGCCGUCCUGUUCGUCACCUGCGCGGCCCUGCAGCUGCGUCGCCUGGAGGCAUUCCGCCAGCAGCACUCCGCCGCGGCGCGCGCCGCCAGCACCAGCGCCGCCGCAGGUGCCGCCGACACCGCCGGCUGCCAAGCCAUCGGCCCCUCCGACUUCGCCAGCGCCGCGGCUCCCGCGGACCUCCUGCCCAGCCUCGACUCCGCGAUGGGCGCCCACGAGUCCUCCGCCGUCACAGCCCAGGAAAAGGCCAUGGCGCAGCUAGGCCCCGGCCCGGAGGCGGCGGCGCCAGCCGCCGCCACCUCGCGCGCCGCCACCGCCGCCGGCGCGUCGUCCUCGCCGCUGGUGCCGUGCGCUGCCUCCGGCGACCCCUACGGCGUGUCACUCAGCUCGGCGGUGGUGGCGCUGGCGCCGCGCCGCCCCGCGCGGCUGCAGCUGCACUUCACGUGCACGCCCGCCGUACUGGACGAGCUGCACGUGGUGCUUCGCCACGUCAGCCCAGCCUCCAUGGCCACUGGCGUGCACGCCGCGCACACCGCGCGCGACAUCACGCACGCGCUGACGGCGCCCAUCGCCGCCGCCGGCGCGCCGACGGGGCUGCCGGCGGUCUGGGCGGCGGAGCUCACGCUGGUGGCGGCGGCGGCGGAUGUGCCUGGCAUCGUACACGUGGAGAUUUGGCGCGGCCGCCGACGCGUGUGCUCCAAGCCGGUGCUGCUCGUGGCGGCGCCGCAGCGCCCGGCCGCGGUGGCGGCGGCGCCUGGCGGUGGUGGCGGCGCCGCCGCCAUGACGGCGAUGGACCUGCUGCGCGCCACCGGUGACCGCACCAUGGAGGAUUGCGCCGCUUCUGGCGGCGCUGCCGCCAUCAGCUGCAGCACCUCGUGCGGGGGCUGCUGCGCCAGCGGCACCUGCUCCGACGCCACCGCCGCUGCCGCUGCCGCCAACUGGGUGGACGACAUUGUGUGCUACGUCGCGGGCCUGGAGGCCGACGGCCACGGCUCCGCCGCCUCGCAGUUCAUCGAGGAGCUCGGUGGCUACCUGGCGCAGGUGGCGGCGGUGGAGCGCGGCCUGGUCAACGCCGCCGCCGCUGGCGGCGCCGCAGGCGGCGCCGCCGUCGCCAACGUGCUCUACUUCCACGGUCUCACCAGCGACUUCAUGUACCUCAAGCCCCGCGCUGCCGACGGCGCCAGCGGCGGCGGCGCCAAGGUGGUGGCGACUGCCGCAGCCGGAGGCGGCGCCGCUGGCAGCGCCGUGGACCCGGCGUUCCGGCAGCUGCUGCUGUGCCAGGGCUCCAUGCUGCUGGCGGUGGCGGCGGAGGCGGGCUGCACCGCGCUGUCGGGCCACCUGCUGGCGCUCAUGACAGGGCCGCUGGCCGCCGACGCCGCCGCCGUGCUGACGGCGGCGCGCACGCCCGUCACGCAGCUGCCGCUGCUGCACGCCGCCGUCAAGAGCGGCCGCUUCGAAAUGGUGGACCUUGUGGCGGGCUGGAGCGCCGAUGCCGGCAUGGUGGACAUAUGGGCGCAGGAGGCCGCGGUGCUGGCGGUGUCGCUGCCGGACAUGGCCGAGUCGGGGACGCUGGGCGGCGGCAGCACCACCACCAGCGGCAGCCGCCGCGCCAGCCUGAGCCUGGCAGGCAGGCAGGCGACGCCGCGCGUGAACCGCACCCCUAGCUACCGCUCCGCGCAGCUCGCGCUCAGCAGCGCCCGGGACCCGGAGCUGCGGCUGCACGAGCGCGACGUCACCGACGCCACCGCCGCUAGCGGUACCGCCACGCGGACCGUGGGUGCGACCUUUCAGCAGCUGUCACACAGCACCCGCGGCAGCUUCAGCUUCUCUGCCGCCGCGCACGCCGUUUCCGCCACCGGCUCCGCCGUCGUGGGCGCCGAUGCGGACGACGGCGCGGCCAUGGUGCAAGACCUGCUUGCGCCUGGCAGCAACGCCGUUGCCGGCGGCGACACGCCCUUUCGCAUCGUUGCGUUCCGCGGCUGCGGCCGCGCCCUGGCGGCGUCACCGCAAGCCGCCAACGCCGCGGACGGCGUGGCGGCAACUGCUGCGGCGCAGCCGCUGCAGGCUCCGCAGCCGCUGCAGGCUCCGCAGCAGCAGCAGCAGCAGCGGGCCUCCCUAGAGGUGGGGCCGGUAGUGGAUGGCGGCGUUGUGGUGCUGACGCCGCUGCACUUGGCCCUGGCGCUGGGUGACGACGGCGCACUCGCCAGCCACGUCCUGCGCACCUACUCGGAGGCUGCGGAGCUGUUGCGCGUGGGCAUGGGCGUGGCGAUGGGUUCAGAGGCCGAUGGCAGCGCCACGGCCAGCGCCAGCACCAGCACCAGCGCCGCCGGCAUCACCACCAGUGGCCUGGCUUCCACCGCUACCGCCAUGGUAUCGUCUGCGGUGUUUGAGAGCGAGUCUGCAAACUCCACCGCGGCCGCGCUUGCCGCCGCGGCCGCCGGAGGGCCCAACCUGGUGCAGGCGUUCAGCAGCAUGCCGGGGCUGGGCCGCGGCGGGCGCGGCGGCGCAGCCGCCACCUACCUCACCGGCGGCUUCUUGACGGCGGGCGGCGACUGCUCUGACGUGGACUCCAUGGAUGCCAACUCCGUCCAGAGCAUGAGCCUUAGCGAGGUGGCGUUCCUGGAGGGCAUGCGGUGGGUGGACCAGGAGGACGCGCCUCGCCGGCCCGGCUUCAAGGUGACCAAGCUGUGAGCUGUCCUUCAGCGCUAGAGAGCGCUAGAGAUUGGGGAUGUGGCGCCGAGGGGAGGACAGGGCAUUAAUCUGUGUUGAGCGCACCGGAUGUUUGGCUGGGAAGAAAGAUUUUCUGGAGCAGUCUCACGACUGCGCCCGCUUUGGGCAUAGGGUGAGCUGCUCUCGACAAUCGGCGUCCUCCGCGUUGACUUGCCCCGGUGCAAAUUUGCUGCGGGGCUUGGCCCCCCAUGAUUGCUUCCGCAUGAACACGCCAUGCCUAGGCGAUACGAGAUCAAAUUCAUCUGACAACAGCAGCAGGAGGAUGGCGAACAGCCGCACGCAGAAUCAUUAGCAUAAAUCCGGGAGGCACCCUGGAGCGACUGGCGCAAAUCAAACAGGUUUGUUGCCACUUCUAUGUGUAAACUGAUGUCGUCGCAUGCGUGUAGCGAGAGUACCAGGUUGCGUGUACGGUUACGGGCGGGUACGAGUCCCCCAAGUACCGUAUUAGCCGGCGCGGCUUGCCGGUGUCGCUAUGUUGAAUGUUGGAUUAUCGUGACACUGUAAUCUAAAUGAUCUCGGUGUUUGAGAAGCCCUGUUUGCGCACUUGAAUCUUGCACGGAAAUCAAUCGCAUGCUUUACUACGGUACUGGAUACCGGCGCCGAUGCUGGUAUGUGCAAUGCGCUGUGCGGGCAAAUGACGCGCCUGGAGCGCGUGGGGCCUCCGACGAUAUGGUCGGCCGCGUGGGUGUCGGCGAGUUCGGCGUGGACGUGGCUACGGGGGUAGUUGGAGACCGCCAUUAGCACUGCAUGGUAGGUAUGGUGUUGGCAGGCGCACGUGGCAUGCCGCAUACGGCAAGAAUGAAGCGCGCUAUUAGUUGGGGCGUGGACGAGGGAACGUGGGAAUGAGUGCGUUGCUAGCACCAGUGGCUUGGAAGACAAUGGGUCAAGGAUGGAGGCGACAUGUAUGGACGGUCUACGGGCCCGUGCAUGUGUAUCACGGCGUGGCGUGUGAAGGCUUGCGAUGCCUGGGUAUGGGCGGUAUCAGUGGCUGCGUGUGAGACGAGACCAGGUGGGGUCACACGCAGUGGAGGUCCUUCCCUGGUCACACGCUGUCCUAGCGGGACACGGAUGCCGACACUGUGAGCCGUGCGGGUGCGUGCCUGACAUCGACUGGCAGAGACUCGGGAUUCUAGACAUGGCGUAAAGCAACGCAGGAACAUUGUAAGCACGUGCAUCC